CCUCGACUCAGAGAGAUCCACCUGCCUCUGCCUCCCAAGUGCUGGGACUAAAGGCAUGCACCACCACCGCUUGGCUACACUCCCAGUUUUAGCCUACAUUAUUUCCAUUUUACCUUGUUAAGAAGUUCCCAGAACCAUGUGAUCAUACUCUUACAUUCUGUGGCUUCAUUUUAGAAUCCUUACUGCUACUGUUUUCCCUCAGGGUCAUUUCUCUGCAGUAGAGGUUUUGAGUACUCCACUGGCCCCACUUGAAAUCUUGUCGUCAGAUCUCAUGUUGUCCUGCAAAGUGGUGGACAUAUAUGCUCUUAUUUAAAGAAAUGAGUGUAUCAAGUGCUGUAUUGAGAGUUGAAACUUGGCUUUUGGCAACAUGGCAUGUUAAAGUGCCUCUAAUGUGGUUGGAAGCUUGUGUUAACUGGAUCCAAGAAGAAAAUAAUAAUGCUAAUUUGAGCCAAGCACAAGUAAAUAAACAAGUGUUGGAGCAAUGGCUUCUUACUGACCUGAGAGACUUAGAACAUCCUCUCUUACCUGAUAACAUUUUAGAAACUCCAAAGGGAGAACUGAAUGGAUUUUAUGCUCUACAGAUCAAUUCCUUGGUUGACGUAAGUCAGCCCGCAUAUUCCCAGAUACAAAAGCUGAGAGGAAAGAAUACAACCAAUGAUCUAGUUUCAGCUGAAACACAGAUUACUCCAAAACCAUGGGAAGCAAGGCCUUCACGGAUGCUGAUGCUGCAGCUCACUGAUGGUGUCACACAAAUUCAAGGGAUGGAAUAUCAGUCUAUUCCAGCUCUCCAUGGUGGUCUUCCUCCAGGUACAAAAAUUUUGGUUCACGGAUGCAUUUUGUUCCGUCUUGGUGUUCUCUUGUUGAAACCAGAAAAUGUGAAGGUGUUAGGAGGUGAGGUAGAUGGUCUUUCAGAAGAAUAUGCUCAAGAAAAAGUACUUGCAAGAUUAAUUGGUGAACUUGAUCCUACAGUUUCAAUCAUACCAAAUAAUUCUGAUCACAGUUUGCCCAGAGUUCCAGGGGGGUUAGAUCCUAUUUUGGGACCUUCAGAUGAAGAACUCUUGGCAAGUCUUUAUGAAAGUGAAGAGCCUGCAGCAGAUAAUGAUGCAUCCGUGGAAGGAAGCUGUUUUGGCACAGGCAGUUCCUCAAAUACUACUCCCACAAGUCAGCCUAGUUUUGAGCCAGGAUGUGAUAUUUCUUCAAGGCAAAAGGAGAAUCCACCAAACCAAUCUAUGCCUUUCACUGAUGGAGAGUUUGAUGACUUUUCACUGGAAGACGCCUUGCUUUUAGAAGAAACUGUCCAGAAAGAACAGAUGGAAACAAAAGCAUUGCAGCCACUAACUUUGAAGAAAAACACAGAUAAAUGUGUAGAGAUAUUUUCACAUAAACCUAAUACUCUGAACCACACUGCUUUGAUUCAUAAACAAGGAAACAGCAAUUACAAUGAAAAAAAGUUAUCUGAACAAAUGAUUGACAAAGACAAAUUUUUUGGCUGUUUGUCUGCUAGAGACCAUCAUAAGAGACUCUUAGCCCAUGAUUUUACAAAUGACACCAAGACUUUGGAAGUAGAUAACACAACAAAACCAAACAUUGCCAGUUCAGAUGAGCAUUGCUUAAGUAAUACAAUGUUAAAUAGAAAACUAGGAACCCGUCUAUCAGGAAAGAGUUCAGAAAUUUCUAAUGAAAAUGACUACCUUUUACAGACUUGUUCCUCAAGAUCAUUUGAGGAUAACACUGAUCUUUAUAUUGGCAUGGACUUAAAUUCUCCACCCUUUAUCUAUUUGUCUGUUCUAAUGGCCAAAAAGCCAAAGGAAGUUACUACUGUGAAAGUCAAAGCAUUUAUUGUCACUUUAACUGGAAAUCUCUCAAGCUCUGGGGGCUCUUGGGGUGUAACUGCAAAGGUUUCUGAUGGUACUGCAUAUCUAGAUGUAGAUUUUAUAGAUGAAAUACUUACCAGUAUGAUAGGGUUUUCGGUACCAGAAAUGAAACAAUUAAAAAAGGACCCUCUUAAGUAUCAAAAAUUCCUAAAAGGAUUACAAAAAUGUCAACGAGAUCUGAUAGAUUUGUGUUGCCUAAUGACAAUUUCAUUUAAUCCUUCUUCAUGUAAAGCCGUGGUGCUUGAAUUGCAGGAUGUUGGUGUGGAGCACCUUGAGAACCUAAAGAAGCGGCUGAAUAAAUAAUUUGCCAAAAUACUAUUGGAGUACACUUUAAAACAUGCAAAUAUUUGUAACCAAAUUUGUUCAUAUUCUUAUUUUUGGAAUUCUGUAAAAGAAGAAAAAGCUUCAGAGCUUAAAAAUGGGUGAGAUGGUUCAGUGGUUAAAGAGACUUUCUGCCAAGACUGAGGACCUGAGUUGAUCCCUAGGUCCCUUGGGGCUGAAGGAGAGAAACAACUCCCAGACUCUGUUGUCUGUCUUCCACACAUGCAGCAUGGAAUACACACACACACACACACACACAAUGACAUUUAAAAAUAAAGGUGUUUAAUCAAAA